AUACAUUAUAAGAUGUCUAAUGGUUAUGAAGAUCACAUGGCUGAAGAUUGCAGAGAUGACAUCGGCAGAACAAAUCUCAUUGUGAACUACCUCCCCCAGAACAUGACGCAAGAUGAGUUACGGAGUCUAUUUAGCAGUAUUGGCGAAGUCGAAUCUGCAAAGCUUAUCCGGGACAAAGUUGCAGGACACAGCUUAGGCUAUGGUUUUGUGAACUACGUUACUGCAAAAGAUGCGGAAAGAGCAAUAAACACACUGAACGGCCUCCGACUGCAGUCAAAGACCAUCAAGGUUUCCUAUGCUCGUCCAAGUUCCGAAGUUAUCAAGGACGCUAAUUUAUAUAUUAGUGGGCUCCCGAGGUCGAUGACACAGAAGGAUGUAGAAGAUAUGUUCUCACGCUUCGGGCGCAUCAUCAAUUCCCGUGUGCUCGUGGAUCAAACCACAGGUUUGUCCAGAGGGGUCGCAUUUAUCCGGUUUGACAAAAGGUCAGAAGCAGAAGAGGCAAUUACAAAUUUCAAUGGUCACAAACCCCCAGGUUCCUCCGAACCCAUCACGGUGAAGUUUGCAGCCAACCCCAACCAGAACAAAAACGUGGCACUGUUGUCGCAGCUGUGUCAUUCCCCAGCGAGGCGGUUCGGAGGGCCGGUGCAUCACCAGGCGCAGCGAUUCAGGUCAGCAGAGAAUCAGGAUCUGCCACCGCCAUGUCCUUGGCAGAGAGCAGCACGUGUACCGCAUUUAAGUGGUUUGCAUAUCACCAGUGGUACACCACAGUUUGGGAACCCCUGGUUCUCUCCUAUGGGUGUAGAUCACAUGAGUGGGCUUUCUGGUGUAAAUGUUCCAGGAAACGCAUCUUCUGGCUGGUGUAUCUUCAUCUACAACCUUGGUCAAGAUGCUGAUGAGGGAAUCCUCUGGCAGAUGUUUGGCCCCUUUGGUGCGGUUACCAAUGUGAAAGUUAUUCGGGAUUUCAACACCAACAAGUGCAAAGGUUUUGGUUUUGUGACCAUGACAAACUAUGAAGAAGCUGCAAUGGCCAUAGCAAGUCUUAAUGGCUACCGCCUGGGGGACAAAAUCUUACAGGUUUCCUUCAAAACCAACAAGUCCCACAAAUAACUUGCUCGUGCUUUUUGUAUGGAAUAGAUAAUGGAGUGACAGAAGUUGAAACAUUUUUGUUAGUGUAAAACUCAUUUUGCGCCAAUUUUCACAAGUGUUUGUCUUAGUCUAAAUGAGAAGUGGAAAAGGUUUUAUAUUCUGGGAUGCAACUGACAUGUUCAAAUGUUUGAAAUCCCACAAUGUUAGACCAAUUUUAAGUUGCUUUAAGUUAUUUCAUUUAAAACAUGUUAAAAAAAAAAAAAAAGAUGAUAAUAAUAGUCCCCUGAAAUCUGAAGUAGAUUGCAUUUAACUAGACCCUCUGGAUGGUGGUAAAAUUGAAGCAUGCUUUCACUUAUGAGACUAACAUUUGUUCCAUUGAAUGUUGUCUGCAAAAACUGGAAUCUCUUCUAAAAACUACCAGGCUGAAUUAAUGGAUUUGCUUGUUUCUCAUGUUGUUGUUUUUCUCACCCAUUCUCCUGACCCCCCUCCCCCCCAGACUCGCUAGUAUGGAAGAAAAGUUGAGAAAUACUAAUGUUUUAGUUGACAGUCAAUUUGUUUUGCCGAUUAAUAUUCAUUGCUACAUGUCGUUGAGGAUUACGCUUUAUAAAGUCGAGGUCUUGUAAGUAGUAGCAUGCCAGCAUAACUUUUAACACCAUUGGUGAGGUAAGUUGCACACCGAGCAGUGGCCACGUUGUCAAAUUGAAAGGUUUUAGCAACAUUUACUUUUAAAGCCCAACAUUUUUAAUAGGAACGGACCAAAGAGUUUCAAAGAAACUCCGGGAAGAUUUCAGAGUCAAAAUGAAACUCCAAAAAAAGUGUGAAUAUGUGUCGCUACGUUAUCAAACUGAAUCUCUUCUGUCCAGAUAUUUAAUGCAUGGUGCACUACUUACUGGUACAUUAUAACGCAGCAAGAUACUCGUUUUCAAAGAUCAUUAUAGUCUGAAUUCCUUUGGUAGUUCUAUUUUGUAAAGAAAAACAAAAAUUUGUAAACAUUUGAGCAUUGUAUUUCUCGCAUCCCUUCUAAUGAGUGCUAGAUUUUUCUAUUUUAAUAGGAUUUUGUUUUGACAACUAGCUUUACUUAUUGAACACUCAGCAGAAAAGUACUUAACGACUUGCAAGUUAGAUAUUAACAAAGAAAACCCUUUGAUUUGUAGAUUUAAAGAUUAAUCCCCCAAGUUUUCUGCAGACUGCCUUGAAACUUUGAGUUGUUCUGUUUCUGUUAAUUUUCUUUUGCUUUUUUGUGUUUUUUGUUUGUUUUUACUUUUGCAUUUAAGAACAUUAAAUUUGAUUUUGUUUUGCUCAAAUUUUGUUUUGUUUUUUAUUUUCUGUUAUUUUUUUGCUUAAGUAUUGCACAAAACGUCCAGCUUUCAAGAGAGUGUUGUUUUAUAAAGAGCGUAGUUCCUCUUAAAGAGUCUUAAUUUCGUCCUUUGACAGAUGAGUAGAAGGAAAAGGGAUGUGAAACGAGAGCACUGCAGUACAUCUAUCACAUAGAACCCAUGUUCCACGGGCUGAUGUAACCCUGCGGUGCUCUUUGGUAGAAGGAUUGUCAGGUGCAGGCCGUGUAAGGAUGCUGUGCGUGGCUAGAGUCGUGCUCUGUGCAACCUCCAGGUAGGUUCAGUCGCCAAAAAUGAGGGCAAAUGGGAAAAGUGGAUUGGUUCUAUUGCAGUGUCUCCUUUUUGCGUGAUCCUCUGCCAGUCCCAAAGCUGCGUUCCCGUGCCAGGGGCUGACCCUGGCUGCCUGCAGCGCUGCCAUCCCCAGCUGACCGUGCCUUGCAUCGGGAGAACCUCACUUUCCUUCUUGCAGGACUCGUGGUCUUGCACCGCCCCAGGAAACCUGUGCUUUCAUCUCUGCACGCCACAGCCCGAGAGCAGCUGAACUCGCUGCCCAGCUUUGUUACUCGCCCUCAGCUCUGCCUAGGAGCUGCUGCUGCUGAUAGUUCUGGGAAUGUGGAUAGGCCUUGACUCAGUGAGCAUCCUCCUGCUGCCUUUGUGUGCAGUGAACUGAAGCGGUGCUGUGUCCUUAGCAUGUUCUGCCUCGCCAGACCUGCCCGUCCUGCUCGCUCUCUUCUUCUGGGAAGCCCAGUGUGGGGUAUGGAAGCCCAGUUUGAUGCCGUGGUACUUUGUAAGACAGUGGCUGUGCCUGAGCAAUCCCCAUACCCAAGCAUGCUGUCUGCCAGCCACUUCUGGCUGUCUCUUCCACUGCCUGUUCCAGAUGUUUCCGUGUUUAUCAUCCGUUUAUCACUUCAGCAGAUCCUUUUCUGGUGUACAAGAAUAGAUUCAGAAGCAUUGUUGGGAUUUCUCCCAUGUUACAACUGCGUAGUGUGGAGAGGUCGUCUUACCCUGUCCCAUCACCUCUGGACCUCGCUACUUCGCUGUACACUGAAGUGAACCUGAAGUGGUUUCCAUUUUCCUCUUAAUUCUCUCUUGCCUUGUUUCAUGUAAGGAUUUUCUAACUAAAUGGGAGCUGCUGCUUUGUCAGUGGAUCUCAGACUUCCCAAAUCUGACUUUGCUCCUGUAACCAUGGCAGGCACAGUGCUGGUCAUGCCACUGGUUGCUCUCCAACACCCCGCUCUCUUUAACUUUCCUUGGAGGCUUUUUGGCACCGCUGUCCUCCAACUGCUUCCUUAUUUUCCUGCCUCCCAUUCUUUACUAAAUAAGAAAGAAAUGCAGGAUAUCGUUUCAGUAGCGAUAUGGAAGUUUCUCCUAAGAGACAUUUGAUCCUGGACUCCUUUGAUAGUUGCUCUGAGGCAGCUGUCUUAAACUGGGCAGUCUAACUGAGCAAAGUGCUGCCUCUCGAGCCAGGGAGGGAGGAAAGAAGUGUCCCACUAAAAUACCGAGAGCUGAUGGUGGACCUGCACCACUCUUACAGUCAAUGAGUGUUUGGCAUAAGCAGUUGAGCUCAAGAAAUGAAGCAUACGUUUUCAUGAUGCUUUUGGCCCUAAACAAUAACCUACUCAUCGUACUGGUAGAGGGUGAAAGGAGGCUGGGAACAGCUGGGCUUCCUUCCUCAUCACCCACACACUGCUCUGUCAGGCUGACCCCUGAUUUCACCGAUUUCCAAAGCCAUCUUGGCUUCAUAACUCUCAGAGUUGAAGGUAAAACAGAUGAUCUGCAGUUCUCACCCUUUCACUUGAGGUGCAGUGGUUCCUUUCAGGUGUCUCUGGGCUCACGGGGUCUUACAGGAAUCAGACUGGAGCUUGGUCACGUUGCUCAGGAGACAGGCUCAGCAAUCCCAUCUGAUUGCUGGGUUGGGAAUACAAUGCAUUGUGAAGAACUGUGCUCAGUAGACCAUCUGGCAGAUGCUCUAUGGGGCGUCAGGACUCUGACUGUGGAACGCUCUCCUCUUACUCAACAUCCAUCCAUUUCUCCGCUUCUACUUUUCCAACUCCUGCUGUGCUUGGCAGCCCGAGGGCUGAGGGAUGGCUGUGCUGCGUGGGACUGCCCCGGCCCUGCAGGGCGGGCUGCGUUCUUUGUGGACUGCAGGGUUUCACUCUGAAAUGAGACAGUGCUGAGCGCAGGGCUGUCCCGAGGGAGGCUCAGAGCCGCCCCGAAGCUUCUCUGGAGGUGCUCUGGAUUGGAGCUGUGUAGUGCAGAACUUUAAAAAAAAAAAAAAAAACUCACCAAAACACAGAUUUUCUUCUUAGGUUGCAAAAAUUAAAAAAAAAAAAAAAAAAAAGUUUUAUCAGAGUUUCCUUGCAGGCUUUGUUCAGGCCGGUCUUUUCUGAUCUGUUGGCUUAUUAACGAGCUUUUAUUCCCGCCCAGUACCUGUCACUUGCUUCCCGGACUCCGGGUAGGAAUGGGAUGCAUUCCCUGCACAGACAUCCCGUUAGCCAUCUGCAGGGAGGGACGCUGCACUGUAAAUAAAGAGCAGGGAGCUCCGCUGUUGCUGUGAGCCGUAUACGAGCUGGGAAGGCGAGUACAGCCCCGUCAGGUGAAGACGUAGCACCGUGAGAAGGGCCCCGACCAGGAGCAGAAUCAAAGCAGCGUAGCGUUCUGGUUUGCUUUCUCGUGGUUUCAUUUUAGACAGUGUCUGUACGCUCAAGCGCUGAGUUUUUGUCCUUGGAACCACGCUGCUUUCCUGCGGUGCCUGUGCCGCACAGGGGAGGGGAGCUGAGCCCCCUGCUGCCCCCAGCCCCUUCCUGCGUGGGGGAGGAGGUCUGUCCCGUAGGUGGAAGGAGGAGCAGGAGCUGUCGUAGCACCGCGUGUCCCUUUGGUGCUGGUGUCCUUAGUGCCUCUGUGUCACGAUGGCACGGACCCCAGUGGGCACGCAGAGGUGCACGAGUCGCUGAGCUAGGGUAAGCCGUGCAGCCGUACCCGUCCCGGCAGAGGCACAGUGUGUCAUUGUCACAUCUGUACGGAGCAAUUAAAACCGGGCACGCCUACACCGAUAGCAGGAGGGGUCCACAGCUGCGAGGGAGGUGACCGAGUGCCUGGAUUGGUAACCUGGUGCUUGGGAUGCGAAGGUUCGGAAGCGAGUGGUCCCUAGGGUCCUUAAAUAGUUGUUCUCACGUUCCUUGAUUUUAACGUUUGGGGUAAGAUCAAUAAAACAAAGUGUUGUUUUUUUUUCACGUAUUUCAGGACAGAUGUUGUUUUCCCAGUGUAUUCUAAACUGGAAUAGCUGAAGCUGUUUUCUUUGGCUAGUUUAUCGUUGCAUAUGUGCUUAAGAAACAAAAGAAGAGCAUCCCCUCGUGGGCUUUUCUAAGCGAGGCAGGAGCUGGAUGGUAGAACAAGCUGCUUCUUGUAACGAAGUCCUCCGGGAAACAAAGCCCUCUGAGAACCGGUAGGAUUUGGGGGUGGGUUUUUUUUUUAUUUCCUAUUUCACAUAUGGUUUCUGUGAACCGCUGACCUUGUCCCCGUGGCUCAGCUGCUGGAGCUCAUAUAUAUAGAGAUGUAAAUAUGGAUGUGGUUGUCCCAGCGCUGCCCCGGCCGGAGGGCUCCGUGCUGUGCAGGACGAGGCGCCUUGCACUGAAGCUCAGGGCAGAAGCGCUGUGGGGAAGGGACCAAAUUCACACCUGGCACAGGAAAGCACCGCUCCCUUUUUGCUCACGUCGUGGUUUUAUCACCCUGCGUGCUUUCAUAUCGCUCUGUGGCAGCAAAUCCAGUCUCUUUCUGUGCACUCUGCCGUAGCUCCGCGCUUCCCGGUGCCGGCGCUGAGCACCACGUGGAUCAUUACAACAACUGAAAGCUUAGCACUCCUCUUUCAAAGUUAUCGCACCCGGUUUGUUUUCUGCUUUACAAAGAAAGCGGUGGUCGUGAAUAGCAAAACCGAGUGCAGCCUUCCUGCUCCCAGCGCGGCCGCGGACCCGGCGCGGCUCUCAACCCCAACUAUUUUUCCGUUGAGCGGAAUUUCCACUGCGGAGGGGUUGGUGCUGGCCAUGGGAGAGGGGUAGGAGUAGGGCUGCCACCCGAAACCGUGGGGAAUUGCUGCCGCAUUCGCGUCUCGGAGCCUUUGUUCCCCUUGUUCUUGUUCCUAACGGGGCCGGGCUCGCUUCUGGGUGGUGGGGCCGGACGUCCUGCCCUGGUCGUUGGGAAGAACUUGAGACAAUUGAAACCAGUCGGGACAAACCCUGCUCUGCCAGUAUGAACCACACUGUACUCCUUUCCUUGGUUUGAUUUCCCUUAUCUUCUGUAAUCUUUUGUUUAUAAAUUAAUCUGUUUGUGGGACAGGAGGUUUUACCGAUUGUUUUCCGUUCUGUACAGUACACGGUUAAACAUUUUGUAUAUUUAGUGUGUUUUUAAGUUAUUGGUUUGUUUUAUAUCAAAUAAUUUAUUUUUCAGGUACCAUUUUCGUUUACGCUUUGUUUUUACAUGGGUUUAUUUUAAAUAAAGUAUGACACUGCUUUCCAAAUGUC